AUGGUUCGUGAUUCAUUUGAUGGUGGACAUACAGGUGAUCCAGAACGUGACCUUGCUUAUGAAAGAGAACAUUUGAGACGAGAUACUUCAAGCGAUAGACUGAUUCCUGAUGAUGUAGCGCAGUAUUUAAUCUAUUUCAAACGAAUGAUUGAAGAAGGGAAUGUAGCAGAAAUACAUAAUCUUUAUGAACAUGGAUUUCCCGACCUUACCGAUCGUUAUUUUCAGCAACGUAUGUGGCCAAACGAAGAGGCAGUAGAAAGCGUAGUGGGAUCAGACAAUCGAGUGUUUAUUAUUCUCUAUAAAGAGUUGUACUUUCGUCAUGUGUAUGCAAGGAUGCAGCGUGGUCCUUCUUUGGCACAUCGUUUUGAUUCAUAUCAAAAUUAUCAAGAAUUGUUUUGUGAGAUAUUGACUCCUGAAGAACAACCGCUAUCACUUCAACUUCCAAACAUUUGGCUUUGGGAUAUUAUUGAUGAAUUCGUUUAUCAGUUUCAAGCUUUCUGCUUAUAUAAAGCUAAUCCGGGAAAAAGAAAUCCAGAAGAGUACGAAGAUCUACUGUCCAUUGAACAGAAUCAAAGUCAUACUCUCACAUUUCAGGCUUGGAACAUUUAUCCAGUCCUGAAUAUUUUAUAUUCUCUGUUAGCAAAGUCGCAAAUCGAUGAACAACUAUUAGCUAUUCGAGAAGGAACAUCGUUUGUGUUGAGAUUUCUAUCGCUAGAAAUAUUAGGAAAUCCAGAUGAUGUAGCGGACGAAUUUGGUCGUUCAGCUUUAUAUUUUAAGCUCGGUUAUUUUUCUCUUAUUGGAUUGCUGCGCACUCAUGUCUUGCUUGGGGAUUAUCAUCAGGCGUUAAAAACUGUUGAAAAUCUCGAGUUAGAUCCAAAGGGUUUAUACAAUACUGUUCCUUCCUGCUUGGUUACGCUGCAUUAUUUUGUUGGUUUCUCCCAUAUGAUGAUGCGAAAUUAUGGUGAAGCUACGAAAAUCUUUGUAAACUGUCUACUUUAUAUUCAACGGACCAAAAAUAUCCAACAGCAAAAUCAAUUACAGAAAAAGAAUUUCCAAUAUGAUGUGAUCGGUAAAACUAAUGAACAGUUGUAUCAUCUUUUGGCGAUUUGUUUGACGUUGCAGCCUCAACGUAUUGAUGACUCUAUCCAAUCACAGUUAUUUGAAAGAACUGGGGAUCGUAUGAAUCACAUGAGUAAUGGAGAUGUUGAUGAAUUUCGCAUUGCUUUUCAACAAGGGUGUCCAAAAUUCCUAUCUCCAACGACAGUAAUAUAUGAAGGGCUGAAUCAAGCCAAAGAACCUUUGGUUCGUCAGUGCAAUGCUUUUUUGGAAGGGAUUGAAUCACAAAUUAUGCUACCAAUUUUGAGAGGUUAUUUGAAGUUGUACACAACGCUACCUACAAAAAAACUUGCCAGUUUCAUGGAUGUGAGUGAUGCGGACUAUGAUUCGUUUGUUGGAAAACUCUUGAGCUUCAAGAUGAUUGUUAAUGAACUUGGGAAGGAAUCUGUUGAUCGAUGUGAGAUUGAUGAUUCUACGACAGAUCUUGAUUUUUACGUUGACAAGGAUAUGAUUAUAAUUGCGGAUACUAAAGUUGCACGACGGAUUGGGGAGUACUUCAUCAGACAAAUUCAGAAACUUCAAGAGGUGAAUCGAAAGCUUAAGGAGUUACCUGCUAUGUCCAGUGCAUCAUAUUAA